GUUAAAAUACAAAAUGAUUUCCAAAUCUCAGACAAACAAAGAAUGAGGCCACCUUACUCUGAUGUGGGGAGGGAGGAUAGAUGCUCUUUCUUUUGAGAAUUCCCCCUGUCAAAAGAAAAAUAAAAAUCAAGGCUAUUUCUUUCACACGGAAAAUUUUUCUAUGCAAAGCUACAAUAUGGUUGGUUCUUCACUGUUAUAUUGAAGAAAUAUCACACAGGCUUUCUGGAUGUUUGUAGUUGUUUGGUGAAGAUGGAAUAUCUGUUGUUUCUGGUUUAAGUUCUUGGCCAGUAGAAUAUGGUUUGUCCUCAUCAUUGCUGAAGUUACUGUGGGGGUUUGGUAAUUUUUGUAAUUUUCUGAAUUCUUUCAAGUGAUUUACAGUGUAUAGUGAUACAUGCAUUUAUUGAUUUACAUAGGUGGAGAGGUUCCGUGGGUUUUGUCAAGCCGUGGCUUACAGACAACUACUUUGGCAACUAAAAUGGAUGGCAAUGAUGGCAAGGCUGAACACCUAGAGUAUAUUGCCUUUGCUUUGGUUCCUAUUUUCUUCAUCAUGGGUCUCUUGGGGAUCCUUAUCUGCCAUAUCCUUAAGAAAAAAGGAUAUCGAUGUACAACAGAAGCAGAAGAAAUAGAAGAAGAAAAAAUUGAUGAAAAAAUAGAAAUGAAUGAAACUAUACAUGAGAAUAGUGACACUGUGGGACAAAUUGUUAACUACAUCAUGAAAAAUGAAGCAAAUGCUGAUGUGUUAAAGGCCAUGGUAGCAGAUAGCAGUGUCUUUGAACCUGAAAGCCCAUUAUCUCCUGCCUCUCCUGAGAGUCCAGUGAGUCCAGGGACUCCUUUGUCACCAGGUGUUGUUCCGUUCAGACACAGCUGCAAAGCCCAUCACUUCCAUACUGUUGGAGGAGUGGUAGAAAAGGAUGUUUGUACUCGCUGUAGUCACAAGCGAUGGCACCUUAUAAAGCCAGCUCAAAAAUCUAAAGAGAACAGAAGAAGUCGUAUUGGAGAAGUUACAGUCCUUUCUGUGGGAAGAUUUCGAGUCACAAAAGUGGAUCACAAAUCAAACUCCAAAGAACGGAAAAGCUUGAUGUCCGUUACGGGUGUGGAGAGUGUCAAUGGUGAGAUGCCUGCCACACCUGUGAAACAGGAUGCAAGUGAAGCACCUGCCACACCUGUGAAACAGGACAUGCAGGAGAGGAGAAGCUCAGAGUAAAUGCAGGUGGACCUUUUAGAAGAUUGUCUGCAAGCACUUAGGAGAAAACUGAAAACUCCCAAGAGAUGCAUACUAUUUAAGGAAAUGUAUUUAUGGCAAUGUAGCAUUUUACAGAUUCUGUGAUGUCAUUCCUGCAAGGUUAAACACUUAAUGGUUUUUGACCAGUAAAAUAGUGAGAUCUAGACACUUAAAUACUGUUGAGCUGUGUGGACAUCAUAACAAAUGUUUCAUCUGAGAAAGAAAAUAUACAUACAAGUUUUUGGACAGGAAGGGUAAAGGCUUUAUCAAGUCUUAAACUUUUUUGUACUUAAGCAUUUAUGAGCUCAAUAUUAAGAGUAAUACAAUUACCUCGUGGAUAAACUGCAUUCACCCCAGUGGUCCAUCUGGAUUUUUCUUCUGUUCUGCUCACUCCAGAAUUGACAAGUGUUUGCUGAAGAUAAAAGCCAGCCUUUGAAAGAUGGAAAUAUUCUUUUAAUCUAACUGCUUGUAGUCAAGUAAAACAUACAAGGAAUGUCAGCCAAAUCUGACUGUGUGCCUUUACUACAUAAGCCCUCAAACUCUGUGCAGGGUACCUCACAGUAGAGACUGGUUCAGUUAUAUGCAGUUGUUAAAUUAAAUUGUUGUACCCUAGACGUGUACCUCUCCCUUAAUACUUAACAUGGGCUGCAGAGCAUCUUUCCCUAUGCAGUUGGAUGAGCUCUUGUGAGGUCCCUUUCCUCAAGGCCUUGUGUUCUCCUGUUUGCUUGUAAAUGCUCACUCAUAUUUGAAGAGUGCUUAAUAGUUUUACUUUUCUUUUUUUGUUUUUACCCACAGAUUUCUUAUUAAGCUAAGGCAGCACAUUUCAACUCUUAGAUAAGGAUAUGAAAUAUUGGGCAUUAAAAAAUGUAUGGAAUAUAUGCUCAAGUACUUCGGAGUGGCUUUAUUGGACUGAGGGUAGUUGUAUUCAUUGGCACCAAAAUCUUAAGCCAGUGUCACUCUUUUCAUAUUUUAAGUGUGUCUUAAUGCUAAAAUUACCAUGGUAUUGUGAUGUUAAUUCUCUUAUGAUCUACAUAUGAUCUUGGCUUUAUCCUGUUACUUGUCUUGGGGAGGGAAAUCGCUGUUAAACUUCAGCAAACUUCUCUGUGUAGUAGAAAAUCAUACCAUUUGUUCUGAGUGCCUAAGAAUAUAAUCUCUAAUAUAAUGCAUUUUGGAGAUUGCACUAUAUUCUGAGAACUAUAACUUAAUCUUUAUGAACUCAGUGUAUGUUUUUGAAAUGUAUUUAUUUUAAAUUGAUACCUUCAAUCUUCUUAAUACAAGUGCUCUAUAUUCUUUUUCUCCUUCAUAUCUGAGAAUUGUGUUUCUUCAUCGAUUUAUGUGUUAACAAUCAGUGUGUACAAAAUUAUUCUUCUUGCUUGUGUAUUAAUUACUCCCAUGUCUUGUCAGGAAACAUCAAGUUUUUUCACUCUUGCUGCAAGUAUAUGCUGCUGAUGGUCUUCCUUCUGUGUGUAUCCACAAGAUACUGACUGGUCCUAUCAAUAUGUACUUUUCAGUGAUGCUAUAUUUGCCAUGAAAACAUACCACUACCCCCCAAACUUUGAAAAUAAUAAAUGUUUUAUUGUUCUUUUUAAAAUGGAUAUUUUUAGAGAUAAUUGUCUGUCCUUGAGAAUCUAAAAUAACUGUUUGGCCAGGUCUCUAAUUUCAGUGUUUAGCACUGCUCCCAAAUUUAAAAUCAGUUUGUGAAAUCUCUUCAAUAUUGAAGUACAACAUAAACACCAACCUCAUCUUACAGACAUACAUUAAGCUUUACAUGAUUAUUUGUGUGAAGAAUAUUUCUAGAGGGUUUAAUUACUAUUGGUUGUAGUAGUAAGCAUUCAGUUUCCAAGAGAUUGAUAGCUUUGAGUAGAAAAUGCUACUGGAAAAAGGGAGCAUUGAAGGAAACAGCAGUUUUCAAAUAAUUUUCAGAAAGAAGAUACAGUUACAGACUGUCCCCAAAGCUUUUUAUAAAAAAAGGGCAGCUGUCUUGAUAUUGUAUUUUGAUACAUGAUGGGUUAGUGCUGCGAAUAAAUGACAAAAGGAUGGAAGAAUGUUUAAACAGUAAUACGUAUUUUUUUACUUAUUUUAAAAGUAGUUUCUAUUUUGAUUGCAUUGAAAAUACAUGGAAUAAAAGGGAUGGAGAGAUGUUGCAUAUGUAAAACAUUGUUUACCUGUAUAAAGUAAUUAUGUAAGAUAUUGUAAGACCCGAUAUGUGCAAGAAUUGAAUUGAUGCAUUGCUACCUAAGUAAGAGAGGAUUUAGAAACUGUGCCUGUUUUAUUGCCUUUAACACUACACUACUAUUUUGUAGGGGUAUGGAUACUGCCAUAUUAGUCUGCUUUUCUUAAAUUUGCUUAUCAAAUGUAUUUUUAACAAAAUAGUUUGUAUAAAACUUUUAUACUACC